AAAUAUACGCACGGAAAUUUAUUUUUUACAAAUAAUAAAUAUUUUCACGUUAUUUUUUCUCAUUCUAUAUUUUCAUAACGUAUUUAGAGUUUAGGUUAUAAAUUGUUAAAAAUAUAUUUAGUCCUUAUGCUUUUAUUAUAUCUUUCAAUAUACAUACAAGUUUGCAUGAGACUUGUUAAAUUGUAAUAAUGGGUGUUUAUGGUCUUUGGCGUUUACUUGAUGCAACAGGAAAACAAGUACCCCUGGAAACAUUAGAAGGAAAGGUCUUAGCUAUUGAUAUAUCAAUCUGGAUACAUCAAGUGCUACAAGGGUAUCAGGACCGCUUUGGUAAUCCUAAACCUAAUGCUCAUCUUAUUGGCUUAUUUCAUAGAAUAUGCAAACUAUUGUAUUAUAAAAUUAAACCAGUUUUCGUUUUUGAUGGAGGUGUGCCAAUGCUUAAGAAGAACACAAUUGCUUUACGCAGGAAACAGAAAUCUAUGGCCAAGAAUAAAGCCCAACAGAUGAGGACAGAAUUAAUAAAUAAUUUGAUAAAGCACUCUACAAUAAAGGCGGUUCUUAAUACAGAGAAACAAAAUACCACGAAUGGCUCUUCUGAAGUAGUUAUAAAUUUGCAAAAUAAGCAAACUGUGAAUGAUAUGUACAAAUUGCCAAAUAUGCCAAGCACUAGUAAAGCAGAAUCAAGUCAUAGUGAUGAUUAUAAUUCUGAUUCAUCUGAUGAACCAAGUCCAAGAAAGCAAACAAAAUGGAUUGGCAAUAUUCAUAGCGUGGAUGUAACUAGCGCAGAAUUUAAAACUUUACCAGCUGAUGUGCGUUAUGAAAUUCUAACAGAUCUCAAAGAAACAAGAAAACAAAGUUCAUGGGGCCGUUUGCAUGAAAUGCCUGAAGAAUCGAAUGAAUUUUCUGGUUUCCAAAUGAAACGUUUAUUAAAACGUCGAUUAGUACAACAAAGUUUAGAAUCUGCAGAGAAAGAAAUGGGUGGAAAAACGCUUACGUUGGACGAGCUGGAUAAAUUAUUAAAAGAACAGGGAAUACCGACGAACGUUCAAAAUUAUGCUUAUCGUAUUGCUGCGGACGAUACAACUAGAUUAAUAUAUAUUAGUGAUAAAAAUGCAUAUCUAAAAGACAACGAUGAUGUUAAUUCAAAUAGCGAGAGCAUACAGCACGAAAAUAGAAUGGAUGAAGCCACUGCUGGAUCCAGUAAAGAUACAAAAAUCUGUGAUGAUAUAAAUGAAUAUGAACUUGAUGAUGAUUGUUACAGUGACACUGAUAUAACAGAUGUGAAUAAUUUUAAAUUUAGGCGGGAAACAGAUAGCGAUAUAGAAUCGGAAGUAGAAUCCAAUGAGUCGCGAGUAUUACCAAAAAAAUAUUUCAAACAAAAUAUUACGAAUCCUGCAUUAACGUAUAUGUUAGAAUAUAGUGAAUUAACGGAAAAACAGAUCCUUACCCUUCUUGAGCAAAAUAACAGAGAAACUUACAAAGAUGUCGAAAAGAUGUCAAGAAUAUCACAACAAAUCGAUUCAUUCAAAACAAUACAGCCUUGUGAAAGUAAAAAUAAUUCAUUAAAUACGAAGCAGUCUUCAAUAUCUGAGGACGACAAAGAAGAUACGAAACAUAAUUAUACAAAUAAUAUAAAAUCAAUCGAUGUAUCGAAGCCGGAAUUAGCUGAAUCAAACACUGAGACAAACAUUAAUAUCUCUCCUGCUAGAAUGGCAAACAUUUCAGAUAAAGAGCAAGUUGAAUCAAAAAAUGUAGUAACAGUCAGUUCAACAGACUCAUUGUCAGACUCGGACGAUUUCAUAGAAAUAGAGGAUGUACCGAUACCAGAUAUAGGUACUACUACUAAUAAAUAUGUUCCACAAGGUAUUCAAAUAACAUUUAGGUCUGAUGAAAAAGUAGUGGAUGAUAUGUUUGCCGACGUAUUUGAAACACACAAUAGCGAGUUCAAUAUAGAUAUACAUCCUACACAAUCGGCGGAAAUAUUUCAUUAUGAUCAAGAAAUACCAAGAAACGAACGCGCUUUCAAAGAAACAGUAGAUUCAAGAAAAGAUCAAAUUAAAGAUAAACAACUGCUUAAUUUAAAAGAAAUUGAUAAUCAUAAUGUGCAGACCACUAUCGAUAUCGAUCCGAAUACUUUAAACAAGAAUGUAUCAUUAGAAGAAAAUCAAAUGAAAGAUGAAAAUAGCAUCGAAAAUUUAACCAAUUCUGUAAAGGAUAAUGUAGAGGCUGCAAAUAUCAAAGACAAUACAAAUGUUAACAUGCUGACUGAUGAUACAAAAAGAAUAAGCCCUAUACCUAUGAAUGAAGAGGAAUUGUUGUCAUUGCAAACACAAUUAGAGGACAAACAAACAGAACUAAUGGCAAAUAUUGGUAAAUUAGAAAGACAAGGUAUCGAUAUUUCUGACCAAAUACGAAUCGAAGCACAGGAACUAUUACGAUUAUUUGGAAUACCAUAUGUUAUAGCACCUAUGGAAGCAGAGGCGCAAUGCGCAUACUUGGAACAAAUUCAUCUCAUCGAUGGUACGAUUACAGAUGAUUCAGAUAUUUGGUUAUUUGGUGGACAAUGCGUUUACAAAAAUUUUUUUGAUAACAAUAAAAAGGUUCUUGAAUUUCGAUCCUGUGAUAUACAACACUAUUUCAGUAAGCCUAUUGUACUUUCAAUACAAAAAGAAACGCAUCCGUGUACAAAUUGUAAAAUAUUUAUCUCUUUCUUAGAAUUAACGCGAAACGAAAUGAUACGGCUUGCUCUCUUGGUUGGUAGCGAUUAUACAACAGGUUUAACUGGUAUUGGACCUGUUACUGCGUUAGAAAUAUUAGCAGCAUUCCCUUCAGACGGCGACGAUUUAUUGCAAGGUUUAACAAACUUUUCUUCUUGGAUCGAAAAUGGUAAAACCGCUGGUCCUGGAAAAGCGAAUUUGCGAACCAAAUUACAGAAUUUACAAAUUCAAAAAGGUUUCCCGAGUCAAGCUGUUGUACAAGCGUAUCUUUCGCCUAAAGUGGAUGAAUCAAAAGAGACUUUUACGUGGGGUAAACCUAAUAUUAUACUUCUAGCCGAUUACGUAAAACAAAAAUUUGGUUGGGAUAAAAAUAAAUAUAAUAAAAUUAUCGAACCGGUAUUGAAAAGAUUGCAAGAAAAACAAAGCCAACAAAAAAUAAAUGCGUAUUUUAAAUUACAAACUAUUCCGAAAUCAAUUGAAAUGAAUUUAAGUAAACGAGUUCAGAAGGCUGUGCAAAAAUUAAGCAAUGAAAAUAAGGAAGAUUCCAUAAGUGUAGAAAGCAUGCAACAAUCAAUAAAGAAAAAGAAAUCUUUGGUUGAAAAUCGAAAAAAAAGAGAAGAGUUGAAAAACGAACGAGCUUUAGUUGAUAAUACUAAACCUAAAGUUUUUACUGUUUCUGCUUGUAACGAGAAAAAUGUUGAUGAAUACAUACCACAAAGAGAAAGUGAUAAAGCAAAUUCCUUAAAAAAAAGAUUACACGCGAUCGAAGUAAUUCGAAAAUCGAAACAAGGAUUAUAUAAGACGAAAAAGAUAAGGCGUUGUGUAAGAAAAGUAAAGAAAGAAGCUGAACUUUCAGAAAGUGAUAGUGGUAGUUCGUAGUAUUAUUUAAUGUAAAUUAAUGAACGACACAUAAAUUUAGAAUAUUAUUUCUAUUAAAAGUUAAAUGAAAGCAUGUACAUUUUUAAAAAUAAAUUAUUAUUUUAUACGGUUCCUGUUACAUUCUUUAAAAAUAUGUAAAAAUUGGCGUCAUUAAAUGUACGCGUGUGAUUUUUGUGACGGACUAGGUCCGUGAUAGUUGGCUGUAGAUGUCACUGCUGAGAGUAUUGUAUUUACUUUCUAAUUAUUGUAUCAUGGAAGAAAAAUAUCGGACUACGGGGGCACCGGGAUUCGAGAACCUGGAUCCCGAACGUUCCUAACGUAAGGAGCUAACCACUGCGCUAUCGUCAUCCGGUUCUAGUUAAUGUCUAGUGGCGGUAUUUGUUGUCGAAUGCCGCCACAUUUUCAAAUAUCUAAUAAAAUUUAUGUUAUUUUUUAUGAUAUAUGUAUCUGAUGCUUAUAUCUGUUGAGAAUCUUAAGAAGGUCGAUUAAAAAAUAUGUUUCGUCACAAAUAUUAAACAUUUUUGCGUCAUAUGUAGUUUACCGAUACUUUAUAUCUCUAUAUAAUCAUACUGAAACAUUUUGCUGUUAUUCCUUAUCUCUAACUUACUGUAAGUGCGUGGGCAUGUGUGUGUGUGUGUGUGUGUGUUCUUAUUCAUCAAUGAAUGUUCCAUCACAAAUAAUCAUUUAAAAACCAGCAGUUCUUCCUUCCCUGCGGAAGUCUGAGCUAGCAAUUAUUUCUCCGUUUUGUUUGGAUAUAGCUGUAAUUGCACUUCCAAUUCCUGAGUAAGUUGAAACAUUGUGUCCAAUGUUCCAUAAAUAAUUUAACACGUCCGGAGAAAAUCCUUUCUCAUUUUGUACAGUCAUUGGUAAGAGCUGCAGUUUCAAAAAAAGCGUUAUUGAUAAUUGCAAACGCGCAAUAUUGAAUGACAAAUUGACGUUGAACUUUACCUGAUGAUGAAUUCUAAGCGUAUCAAUAGCUUGUUUUACGUUAUACCCUGACCAAAGAUUUAAUACCAUUGCUAUUGCAACUGCUGAGGUGAUUUUAGUUCCGCCUGCAGCACCAAUUACUAAACGAACUUCUCCAUUCUUGUCUACCUUUACGAACAAGAAAGACAAACAAUAAGAUGAGAAUACUCGAUAUUUAUCUCUUAAUUCAUAAAGUACACUUACAACGAUGGUUGGACUCAUAGAACUCAUAGGUCUUUUUCCAGGCCUAAUGAAAUUCGCUGGCGAAGGUGGUAAGUCGAAACCAUUAGUUAUGU